UAAUGAAGGUGGCUGCGGCGGGGCCUCCGACUCAGCUCCUCCGGGCGGGGACGGCGCCCGGGCCGCGCCUGUAGGACUUCGGGGCGGGCGCGGCGCGAUGUGGACCGGGUGCGGGGCGUGAGGUGGCGGUGGCGGAGAGCGGAACUUCUGCCCGAGGGGCUUGCCCGCUCCCCCUGCGGCUCGUCGACCUCUCCCCGCUGCAGCCCCUCGGUCCCCCGCGGGGCCGCCACGGCGACGGCGGGGGAAUGUGGCGCUGGGUCCGGCAGCAGCUGGGUUUUGACCCACCACAUCAAAGUGACACAAGAACUAUUUAUAUAGCCAACAGGUUUCCUCAGAAUGGCCUUUACACACCUCAGAAAUUUAUAGAUAAUCGGAUCAUUUCAUCCAAGUAUACUGUGUGGAAUUUUGUUCCAAAAAAUUUAUUUGAGCAAUUCAGAAGAGUGGCAAACUUUUAUUUUCUUAUAAUAUUUUUGGUUCAGCUUAUGAUUGAUACACCUACCAGUCCAAUUACCAGUGGACUUCCAUUAUUCUUUGUGAUUACAGUAACCGCCAUAAAGCAGGGAUAUGAGGACUGGUUACGGCAUAACUCAGACAAUGAAGUAAAUGGAGCUCCUGUUUAUGUUGUUCGAAGUGGUGGCCUUGUAAAAACCAGAUCAAAAAACAUCCGGGUAGGUGAUAUUGUUCGAAUAGCCAAAGAUGAGAUUUUCCCUGCAGAUUUGGUACUUCUGUCCUCAGACCGACUUGAUGGUUCGUGUCAUGUUACAACUGCCAGUUUGGAUGGAGAAACUAACCUGAAGACACAUGUGGCUGUUCCAGAGACAGCAGUAUUACAAACAGUUUCCAAUUUGGACAGUCUUAUAGCAGUGAUAGAAUGCCAGCAGCCAGAAGCAGACCUGUACAGAUUCAUGGGACGGAUGAUAAUAAGUCAACAAAUGGAAGAAAUUGUCAGACCGCUGGGACCAGAGAGUCUCUUACUUCGUGGAGCCAGAUUAAAAAACACAAAAGAAAUUUUUGGUGUUGCUAUAUACACUGGAAUGGAAACUAAGAUGGCACUAAAUUACAAGAGCAAGUCACAGAAACGAUCUGCUGUAGAAAAGUCAAUGAACACAUUUUUGAUAAUUUACCUGAUAAUUCUUAUUUCUGAAGCCAUCAUCAGUACUAUCUUGAAAUAUACAUGGCAAGCUGAAGAAAAAUGGGAUGAACCUUGGUAUAACCAAAAAACAGAACAUCAAAGAAAUAGUAGCAAGAUUCUGAGAUUUAUUUCUGAUUUCCUUGCUUUUUUGGUACUCUACAAUUUUAUCAUUCCAAUUUCAUUAUAUGUGACAGUUGAAAUGCAGAAAUUUCUUGGAUCAUUUUUUAUUGGCUGGGAUCUUGAUCUCUAUCAUGAAGAAUCAGGUCAGAAGGCUCAAGUCAAUACUUCUGAUCUGAAUGAAGAGCUUGGACAGGUGGACUAUGUGUUCACAGAUAAAACUGGAACACUGACAGAAAAUGAAAUGCAGUUUCGGGAAUGUUCAAUUAAUGGCAUGAAAUACCAAGAAAUUAAUGGUAGAUUGGUACCUGAAGGACCAACACCAGACUCUUCAGAAGGAAACUUAUCUUAUCUGAGUAGUUCAUCCCAUCUUAACAACUUAUCCCAUCUUACAGCUAGUUCCUCUUUUAGGACCAGUCCUGACAACGAAACUGAACUAAUUAAAGAACACGAUCUCUUCUUUAAAGCAGUCAGUCUCUGCCAUACUGUACAGAUCAGCAAUGUUCAACCUGAUGGCAUUGGUGAUGGUCCUUGGCAAUCCAACCUGGCACCCCCCCAGUUGGAAUACUAUGCAUCUUCACCAGAUGAAAAGGCUCUAGUGGAGGCUGCUGCAAGAAUUGGCAUUGUCUUUAUUGGCAAUUCUGAAGAAACUAUGGAAGUUAAAAUACUUGGAAAACUAGAACGGUACAAAUUGCUCCAUAUUCUGGAAUUUGAUUCAGAUCGUAGGAGAAUGAGUGUAAUUGUUCAGGCACCUUCAGGGGAGAAGCUUUUAUUUGCUAAAGGAGCUGAAUCAUCAGUUCUCCCUAAAUGUGUAGGCGGAGAAAUUGAAAAAACUAGAAUUCAUGUAGAUGAAUUUGCUUUGAAAGGGCUACGAACUCUGUGUGUAGCCUAUAGACAGUUUACACCUAAAGAAUAUGAAGAAAUAGACAAACGACUAUUUGAAGCCAGGACUGCCUUGCAACAACGGGAAGAGAAAUUGGCAAAUGUCUUCCAGUUCAUAGAGAAAGAUCUGAUGUUACUGGGAGCUACAGCAGUGGAAGACAGACUGCAAGAUAAAGUUCGAGAAACUAUUGAAGCAUUGAGAAUGGCUGGUAUCAAAGUGUGGGUACUUACUGGAGAUAAACAUGAGACAGCUGUUAGUGUGAGCUUAUCCUGUGGACAUUUUCACAGAACCAUGAACAUCCUUGAACUGAUAAACCAGAAAUCAGACAGUGAAUGUGCCGAACAAUUGAGGCAGCUGGCCAGAAGAAUCACUGAGGAUCAUGUGAUUCAGCAUGGACUGGUAGUGGAUGGGACCAGCUUAUCUCUUGCACUCAGGGAACAUGAAAAAUUAUUUAUGGAAGUCUGCAGAAAUUGUUCAGCUGUAUUGUGCUGUCGUAUGGCACCCCUGCAGAAAGCAAAAGUAAUAAGACUGAUAAAAAUCUCACCUGAGAAACCAAUAACAUUGGCUGUUGGCGAUGGUGCUAAUGAUGUAAGCAUGAUACAAGAAGCACACGUUGGCAUAGGAAUUAUGGGUAAAGAAGGAAGACAAGCUGCACGAAACAGUGACUAUGCAAUAGCUAGAUUUAAAUUCCUCUCCAAAUUACUUUUUGUUCAUGGUCAUUUUUAUUAUAUUAGAAUAGCCACCCUUGUACAGUAUUUUUUUUAUAAGAAUGUAUGCUUUAUCACACCCCAAUUUUUAUAUCAGUUCUACUGUUUGUUUUCUCAACAAACACUAUAUGACAGCGUGUACCUGACUUUAUACAAUAUUUGUUUUACUUCCCUACCUGUUCUGAUGUAUAGUCUUUUGGAACAGCAUAUAGACCCUCAUGUAUUACAGAACAAGCCCACCCUCUAUCGGGACAUUAGUAAAAAUCGCCUCUUAAGCAUUCAAACAUUUCUCUAUUGGACCAUUUUGGGUUUCAGUCAUGCCUUUAUUUUCUUUUUUGGAUCCUAUUUUCUAAUGGGAAAAGAUAUAUCUCUGCUUGCAAAUGGCCAGAUGUUUGGAAACUGGACGUUUGGCACUUUGGUCUUCACAGUCAUGGUUAUUACAGUCACAGUUAAGAUGGCUUUGGAAACUCACUUUUGGACUUGGAUCAACCAUCUUGUUACCUGGGGAUCUAUUAUAUUUUAUUUUAUAUUUUCUUUGUUUUAUGGCGGUAUUCUCUGGCCAUUUUUGGGCUCCCAGAAUAUGUACUUUGUAUUUAUUCAGCUCCUAUCAAGUGGGUCUGUUUGGUUUUCCAUAAUCCUUAUGGUUGUUACUUGUCUGCUUCUUGAUGUUGUGAAGAAAGUAUUUGACCGGCAGCUCCAUCCUACAAGUACUGAAAAGGCACAGAUUACUGAAACAAAUUCAAGUAUCAAGUGCUUGGACUCCAUGUGCUGUUUCCCAGAAGGAGAAACAGCAUGCGCAUCUGUUAGAAGAAUGCUGGAACGAGUUAUAGGAAGAUGUAGUCCUGCCCACAUCAGCAGAUCAUGGAGUGCAUCGGAUCCUUUCUAUACCAACGACAGGAGCAUCUUGACACUCUCCACAAUGGACUCAUCUACUUGUUAAAGGGCAGUAGUACUUUGUGGAGAUGAUUCUCCUCCUUUCUGCAGAUUCAGGGUGAUAAUCCUGAAAGUGGCCACAAGAGUUCCAAAAUUAUCUUGUGACAUCUCUGGUGUAGUCCAUACUCACUCAGAGUUAAAGUGGCAAACAAACAGAAAACAUCAAUAUGAACUGUGCUUCUCUCUCCUUAAUUUUAAUCUGGACCUAUUAAAAUAUGUGAAUAAAGAGUUAUUUUCAAUCUCUUUGUCUGGGUUGUCCCUUCUGCUUUGGGACUUCUGAUAGCAUUUCACUCUGUUUCUGAGGUCAUUGUAUUUUAAUACCAACAUAAAAAAAAAAAGAUUAGUUAUGUGUAUUUUUUAGGAUUAGCCUGGUUAUGAAAUCUUCUAUCUAAAUAUGCUUCUGUAAAUUAUGCUGCAAGUUUGCCUUGAGAACUCUUAUUUUUUUAUUAGAGUUAUAUUUAAAGUUUUUCAUGGGAGAAGUUAAUGUGAAUUUUAAGGAAUCUUGGUCCUCAGUGACCUUUGUUGUUAAUUCAUUAAUGCUUUAUAAGUUCACAGAGCAAAUUAGGAGAAUGCACUUACAACUAUUGUUUACUGCAGUAUAGUGGUAAAUUUAUACUGAUUCCAAAUUUCUCUAAAUGUGCUGU